AUGGAUGGCUGUAAACCCAUGGACGAGGACUCGGAAACUACUACUACCAAAACACCUCCAGUUCAGGCUUCAGUAUCUCCUGAGAUCCAAUGUGGGUCAUCUCUGCUGGUUUCAGCUGCAACAUCAGCUUAUUAUGGUGCUGGGCAUGUUGUUUCUGGGGUGACUGAUAAAAGGAAAUGCAGACCUAGAGGUGUUCUGACUGUAGGAGGCAUUCAUUCUUCGGGGCCUGGUGGAGUUAAUUUAUGUGACAAGAGCUAUGGGGAUUAUGAUGAUGGAAAUAUUGUAGGAGUUGCUAACAAGUCUAGGGUUUCUUUGGUUCCGUUGCCAGUUGAAGCUUCAGUGUGCUGGCUCUUAUCUCCAUGUGAUGAAGAUAAUGAAGAUCAGAAAGGUGAUUUGGAAAACGGGAUGAAUAGAUAUAGACAACUGGUCAACUCUACACUUGAUUUGCCUAUUUCACCAUCCUACUGUCAUGAGUUGGAUUCGGACUUAUGUGACAGUACUAACUACAGUGGUAGCAGUGAUCUGGAUAAUAGUACAAGCAUUAAGAAAACUUGGAGUAGUUCGUCUUCUCCAGGAACACUCCCCGAAUUUCAAGGGUUUAUGGGGCCUUCAUUUGAUAAAGUUGCUAGGAGUUCUUCAUUAGUUUAUCCUCCAGCUACACCCAGGUGUAAGAAUGUUAUUUCACAAGAAGAGGGCAAAUUUGAGGGUAAUGUGGCCGGAGAAAAUUCUCCGUUCUCCAUGGACUCUUUAAAUAGCGAUAAUGUUAUUCAGACCCCAACAUCAGAUUCAAGCUUGGAUAGACUGGUCUGUGUGCCUUUGUCAAAUGCAGAUGGGUAUCCAGGAUGCCAUUUUGAAUAUGAACUAGAUUCAGCAGCAGACAUGCUUCUGAGGGAAAGUGUAUCUCCUAGGAGCCAAAUAUCAAUAUGGGAUCCACCUGGUUUAAGUUUCCAGCUCACUGACUUGACCUCAACUUCCAAUUCCAUUAACUUCAAUCAACUGCAGAGGUCUGUGGAUAAUCGUGCUUCUUGGAUGUCUAAUUCUACUUUAGAAACUGGGUUGCAAUCUCCAAUGAGGAUAUCAUGGAGGGAAGGAUUAGUAAGUCGGAUUUUUGAGAUGGAUGAGUUAGAUUGCUGUAGAUGCUUGUCAGAUGAAGAGAAUGACGCUGAUGGAUGCAAUAAUGACCGGUUAAAAUUGCUUCCAAGUUGUGAGUCCCAUGUUAAUUUAGGAAACAAUUCGUUCUCAAGUAAUGGACUUGGGUCUCCCGAAUUCCUGAAUCAGGAACCCAGCAUUUUCAGGAACAGUGAAACAAAGUCAACUCCUCAUAGACCCAGUUCUAGUGCAGAAUCCAUAUGCACUGAUGGAGGUUGUCUAGUUGCUUCCAGGGAAUCUGAUUGGACCCUUUGCUACAAAAACCAGUUGUUUCAAUGUUAUUCUUGUGGGAUGCUUCUGCAACUCUUGUUGAUCUAA